AAAUACAGUUAUUUUUGUUGUUUGCAGACAAAACUAAACAUAACCUCCUGGUGGAAAGGACGCAAUGGGAGACUGCAGUGACCUUGACCGGCAAAUUGAACAGCUGCGACGAUGUGAGGUCAUCAAAGAGGCAGAGGUUAAAGCCCUCUGUGCCAAAGCCAGGGAAAUACUUGUAGAAGAAAGCAAUGUACAAAGAGUUGACUCCCCUGUUACAGUAUGUGGGGAUAUUCAUGGCCAGUUUUAUGAUCUCAAGGAAUUGUUCAAGGUUGGAGGAGACGUACCGGAUACAAAUUAUCUUUUUAUGGGAGAUUUUGUCGACAGAGGUUUCUAUAGUGUAGAGACUUUCCUGCUUCUUUUAGCAUUAAAGGUACGGUAUCCUGACAGAAUAACACUGAUCAGAGGUAAUCACGAAUCAAGACAGAUUACUCAAGUUUAUGGCUUUUAUGAUGAAUGUUUAAGAAAAUAUGGUUCUAUCACAGUUUGGCGGUAUUGCACGGAAAUUUUUGAUUACCUCUCCUUAUCAGCUAUUAUUGAUGGAAAGAUAUUUUGUGUCCAUGGUGGUUUAUCACCGAGUAUACAAACCUUAGAUCAAAUUCGCACCAUUGACCGAAAGCAAGAAGUACCUCAUGAUGGACCCAUGUGUGAUCUCUUAUGGUCUGAUCCUGAAGAUACUCAAGGGUGGGGUGUGAGUCCAAGAGGUGCUGGCUAUCUUUUUGGGUCUGAUGUAGUAGCACAGUUCAACGACACUAAUGGCAUUGAUAUGAUAUGCCGUGCUCAUCAAUUAGUCAUGGAAGGCUAUAAAUGGCAUUUUAAUAACACAGUUUUAACUGUCUGGUCUGCACCAAAUUAUUGCUAUAGGUGUGGGAAUGUAGCUGCUAUUUUGGAACUUGAUGAAAAUCUUAAACGAGAUUUCACCAUAUUUGAAGCGGCUCCACAAGAGAGUAGAGGAAUCCCAGCAAAAAAACCUCAAGCAGACUAUUUCCUCUAGGAUGUUAUUAAAUAUGAAAGUUGUGGUGUGUUGCAGAAUAUUUUUUGUAUAUGGGUCAGUGUGUGGUCAUUAUUACAUAAAUUAUAUCUAAAUUAUAUUUAGGCUUUGCAAGUUAGAAGAUACUAAAGAAAGAUUGGAUUUUGAGAAUAUGCCAGAUAAAUAUACUUGUAUGUAGACACAAGAAGCCAAAACCCAAGCAUUGGGAGUUCUAGAGUUUCAUAAUGUUUGAUGUAAAAUUAUUUUUUUUUUUUUUUUAUUAUCACACCGGCCGAUUCCCACCAAGGCAGGGUGGCCCGAAAAAGAAAAACUUUCACCAUCAUUCACUCCAUCACUGUCUUGCCAGAAGGGUGCUUUACACUACAGUUUUUAAACUGCAACAUUAAAUUAAAUAUAGAUGUUCCAGUGGUAAAUUGAGUUUUGGUUAGAUGUGCCUUGUUUGAGAUAUUAUUGGUAUAUUUACAUUAUCCUAGUCCUCUUAGGAAUUUUUUUCAACAAAAUUUCAUAAGUACAUGUGUAAUUGUUUGUGGAGCAGUGUAAGAUUUGAUUAAAUACCACUGUCAUAUAUUGUGGGUUCCAUAUUGUCAUUCGACCUGGAAAAUGAAAUUGUUAGUAUUCAGCAUAGUAUUUAUGCUGAUAUAGGCAGAACCUCUGCAUUAAUAUAUUUUGAUUUCAUAAAAGAUGUUAUAAUAGUCCUACAGUUAACAGAGAUCAUUAAUAAGCAUGACAGUAUAUCCAUAAGCACCUGGCCAUGGUAAAAAUUUGUUUAGCUGUGGGUUGUGUCAUGGUGUCAAAGUCAGAAGACAUACUAUGACUUACACUGGAGAGGCCUACCAAGACCUAAGGCUUGACAUAGCCUGGUUAGACUGGUGGCAAAUUUUGUGAAGUUGCCCUGCUUACCCUUGUCAGUUCUUGGAAAUACAAAAAUUUAAUAACUUAUUCUUAAGCUUUAUACUUUUCCUUGCAACUUGAUGCUAUUACAAAUUACAGAAUAGCUUAUGAAAACAGAACACAAAUUUGGUAAGGUAACUUGCUGGACAAGUAUAGUAAUAGGGUUGUUAAUGUUUGUAGUCACUGAAGUUAGUGAAAUGCUGUACAAGUAUCAAACUUUUAUUGACCUCGUGGGAACCUCGGAGUUCCUCUUUAUAUUAACCAUAUGGUUACAUGAUAUCUACGUGUACUUCAUAAGAACCUCCUGUGAGAGUUCCUUUAUGUUAACCAUGUGGUUAUAUGGGAAUAUUUAUCUGCUGUAAUCACUUCAUAAUAAUCUUCAUCUGUAAAUGAAGCAUCUCAUUGUUCAUCCUAAUUAAUACCCAUCAUUUAUUCAACAUUGUAACGUGCAACCCUCAAGAUGUGAAGCACGUACAGCUGAACCAUUCCACGUACAUCAGUAUAGUAAUGUUUUGUUCAGGAGAGGGAUUGAAGAGAUCAUUUAAAAGUAAAUAGGAAGGCAAAAUCUAAAUACAUUUGUAUAUCUGGUAAAUAUAAUAAUUUUAUCACUUAAUGUGAUUAACACAGUUUUUUAUAAAACACUUCCUCUUGCAUAGAAACUAAUUUGCAUUUUAUAGAUUUAAAAAAUGUACAGUAGUAACUUGGUUUACAAACGUAUGAAAAAAUGAGUUAGUUGAAUCAUAAAAACUGAGUACUGUACUGUUCAAAACAUCGAGUGUUAUAUAUCAUCAGUAGCACAUUAGUCUUGUGCAAAUGGGAGACAAUAGAUGAAAGCAAAACUUGCAGCAGAAAACUAUUACCUCUUAAAACUAUGUUACUGAAGUAAUAUAAAAUACAAUUGCAGUGUGAUGAUGAA